GAGCCUCCCGGGGCGUCCGGGCUUCAGUGAGGCGGCGGCGGCGGCGCCAGUAAGGAGAGCGGUCGGCGGCCUCCUUUCGUAACGUUACUGGGUGAAGCGGCAUCUGUGAGGUGGUGUCCAUCAUGUUCUCUUUCAACAUGUUUGACCACCCGAUACCCCGCGUCUUCCAGAACCGCUUCUCCACGCAGUACCGCUGCUUCUCCGUGUCCAUGCUAGCAGGGCCUAAUGACAGGUCAGAUGUGGAGAAAGGCGGGAAGAUAAUUAUGCCACCCUCGGCCCUUGAUCAACUCAGCCGGCUUAACAUUACCUAUCCCAUGCUGUUCAAACUGACCAAUAAGAAUUCAGACCGCAUGACACACUGUGGUGUGCUGGAGUUUGUGGCUGACGAGGGCAUCUGCUACCUCCCACACUGGAUGAUGCAGAAUUUGCUGUUGGAAGAAGGGGGCCUGGUCCAGGUAGAGAGUGUCAAUCUCCAGGUGGCCACAUACUCCAAGUUCCAGCCUCAGAGCCCUGACUUCCUGGACAUCACCAACCCUAAAGCCGUAUUGGAAAAUGCAUUGAGAAAUUUUGCCUGUCUUACCACUGGGGAUGUGAUUGCCAUCAACUACAAUGAGAAGAUCUACGAACUGCGGGUGAUGGAGACCAAACCUGACAAGGCUGUGUCCAUUAUCGAGUGUGACAUGAAUGUAGACUUUGAUGCUCCCCUGGGCUACAAAGAACCUGAAAGACAAAUCCAGCACGAGGAGUCGACAGAAAGCGAAGCUGACCACGGCGGCUAUGCUGGAGAGCUGGGCUUCCGUGCCUUCUCCGGCUCCGGGAAUAGACUGGAUGGAAAGAAGAAAGGGGUAGAGCCCAGCCCUUCCCCAAUUAAGCCCGGAGACAUUAAAAGAGGAAUUCCCAAUUACGAAUUUAAACUUGGUAAGAUUACUUUCAUCAGAAAUUCACGUCCACUGGUCAAAAAGGUUGAAGAGGAUGAAGCUGGAGGCAGAUUCGUCGCUUUCUCUGGAGAAGGACAGUCAUUGCGUAAAAAAGGAAGAAAGCCAUAAGUGGGGACUAUUGGCUGACUGGAAAAUAAAAGAAUCGAUUGCAA